GAACAGUGGUGCGAGCUCCAGGCCCCUGCACUGAGGAGGCGGAAACCGGGGGAGCCCCCAGAGCUCCAUCAGGCCCCUUCCAAAGGCUCCCCCACCCGGUCCACGCCCCCCACCCCCUACCCCGCCUCCUCCCAAUUGUGCAUUUUUGCAGCCGGAGGCGGCUCGGAGAUGGGGCUGUGAGCUUCGCUCGGGGAGGGGGAAAGAGGGGAGAAGAGAAAAGCUGGGGGUGAAGGGUUUGGAUUUGGGAGCAGGGGGCGGGCGCACCCCCGUCAGCAGGCCCUCCCCAAGGGGCUCUGAACUCUACCUCUUCACCCACGCCCCUGAUGCUCUUUGCUUAAGGAUAGGAUAAGAAUAGAGGAGGAGGAGGGGAGAAGGAAGAAAAAGGGGGACCCCCCAACUGGGGGGGCGACGGCAAGAAGCAGCAGGACCAGAGGGGAGGGGGGUGCUGCUUGCAUCAGCCCACACCAUGCUGACCCCGCCGCUGCUGCUGUUGCUGCCCCUGCUCUCAGCUCUCGUCGCGGCCGCUAUCGACGCCCCUAAGACUUGUAGCCCCAAGCAGUUUGCCUGCAGAGACCAGAUCACCUGUAUCUCAAAGGGCUGGCGGUGUGAUGGUGAGAGGGACUGCCCGGAUGGAUCUGAUGAGGCCCCUGAGAUUUGUCCGCAGAGUAAGGCCCAGCGAUGUCAGCCGAACGAGCACAAUUGCCUGGGCACCGAGCUGUGUGUUCUCAUGUCCCGCCUCUGCAACGGGGUCCAGGACUGCAUGGAUGGUUCAGACGAGGGGCCUCACUGCCGAGAGCUCCAAGGACCCUGUUCUCAGCUGGGCUGCCAGCACCACUGUGUCCCCACACUCAACGGGCCCACCUGCUACUGCAACAACAGCUUUCAGCUGCAGGCAGACGGCAAGACCUGCAAAGACUUUGACGAAUGCUCAGUGUACGGCACUUGCAGCCAGCUAUGCACCAACACGGACGGCUCUUUUACAUGUGGCUGUGUGGAAGGGUACCUGCUGCAGCCAGACAACCGCUCCUGCAAGGCCAAGAAUGAGCCAGUAGACCGGCCCCCCGUGCUGCUGAUUGCCAACUCCCAGAACAUCCUGGCCACGUACCUGAGCGGGGCCCAAGUGUCUACCAUCACACCGACUAGCACACGGCAGACCACGGCCAUGGACUUCAGCUACGCCAAUGAGACUGUGUGUUGGGUGCAUGUUGGGGACAGUGCUGCCCAGACACAGCUCAAGUGUGCCCGCAUGCCUGGCCUGAAGGGCUUCGUGGAUGAGCACACCAUCAACAUCUCCCUCAGUCUGCACCACGUGGAACAGAUGGCCAUCGACUGGCUGACGGGCAACUUCUACUUUGUGGAUGACAUCGAUGAUAGGAUCUUUGUCUGCAACCGAAACGGGGACACGUGUGUCACUUUGCUGGACCUGGAGCUCUACAACCCCAAGGGCAUUGCAUUGGACCCUGCCAUGGGGAAGGUGUUCUUCACUGACUAUGGGCAGAUCCCAAAGGUGGAGCGCUGUGACAUGGAUGGGCAGAACCGCACCAAGCUGGUUGAUAGCAAGAUCGUGUUUCCUCACGGCAUCACGCUGGACCUGGUCAGCCGCCUCGUCUACUGGGCUGAUGCCUACCUGGACUACAUUGAGGUGGUGGACUACGAGGGCAAGGGCCGGCAGACCAUCAUCCAGGGCAUUUUGAUUGAGCAUCUGUAUGGCCUGACCGUGUUUGAGAAUUAUCUCUAUGCCACCAACUCGGACAAUGCCAAUGCCCAGCAGAAGACAAGCGUGAUCCGAGUGAAUCGAUUCAACAGCACUGACUACCAGGUCGUCACCCGUGUGGACAAAGGAGGUGCCCUCCAUAUCUACCACCAGCGGCGUCAGCCCCGAGUGAGGAGCCACGCCUGUGAGAAUGACCAGUUCGGGAAGCCAGGCGGCUGCUCCGACAUCUGCCUGCUAGCCAACAGCCACAAGGCACGGACCUGCCGCUGCCGCUCCGGCUUCAGCCUGGGCAGUGAUGGGAAGUCAUGCAAGAAACCAGAACACGAGCUGUUCCUUGUGUAUGGCAAGGGCCGGCCAGGCAUUAUCCGGGGCAUGGAUAUGGGGGCCAAGGUCCCGGACGAACACAUGAUCCCUAUCGAGAACCUCAUGAACCCCCGGGCCUUGGACUUCCAUGCUGAGACUGGCUUCAUCUACUUUGCCGACACCACCAGCUACCUCAUUGGCCGCCAGAAGAUCGACGGCACCGAGCGGGAGACCAUCCUGAAGGACGGUAUCCACAAUGUGGAGGGGGUAGCUGUGGACUGGAUGGGGGACAAUUUGUAUUGGACGGAUGAUGGACCCAAGAAGACCAUCAGUGUGGCCAGGCUGGAGAAGGCUGCUCAGACCCGAAAGACUUUAAUCGAGGGGAAAAUGACACACCCCAGGGCCAUUGUGGUGGAUCCACUCAAUGGGUGGAUGUAUUGGACAGACUGGGAGGAGGACCCAAAGGACAGUCGGCGAGGGCGGCUGGAGAGGGCCUGGAUGGAUGGCUCACACCGAGACAUCUUCGUCACCUCCAAGACAGUGCUUUGGCCCAAUGGGCUGAGCCUGGACAUCCCAGCAGGGCGCCUCUACUGGGUGGAUGCCUUCUAUGACCGCAUCGAGACCAUACUGCUCAAUGGCACAGACCGGAAGAUUGUAUAUGAGGGUCCUGAGCUGAACCACGCCUUCGGCCUGUGUCACCACGGCAACUACCUCUUCUGGACCGAGUACCGGAGUGGCAGUGUUUACCGCUUAGAGCGGGGCACAGGCGGCGCCCCCCCCACCGUGACCCUUCUGCGCAGCGAGCGGCCCCCCAUCUUUGAGAUUCGCAUGUAUGAUGCCCAGCAGCAGCAAGUGGGCACCAACAAAUGUCGCGUGAACAACGGCGGCUGCAGCAGCCUGUGCCUGGCCACCCCUGGGAGCCGACAGUGCGCGUGCGCUGAGGACCAGGUGUUGGACACAGACGGCGUCACCUGCUUGGCGAACCCAUCCUACGUGCCCCCACCCCAGUGCCAGCCCGGCGAGUUCGCCUGCGCCAACAGCCGCUGCAUCCAGGAGCGCUGGAAGUGUGACGGGGACAAUGACUGCUUGGACAACAGCGAUGAGGCCCCGGCCCUCUGCCACCAGCACACCUGCCCCUCGGACCGCUUCAAGUGUGAGAACAACCGGUGCAUCCCCAACCGCUGGCUCUGUGACGGAGACAACGACUGUGGGAACAGUGAAGACGAGUCCAACGCCACUUGCUCAGCUCGCACCUGCCCACCCAACCAGUUCUCCUGUGCCAGUGGCCGCUGCAUUCCCAUCUCCUGGACGUGUGAUCUGGACGAUGACUGUGGGGACCGCUCCGACGAGUCCGCCUCGUGUGCCUAUCCCACCUGCUUCCCUCUGACUCAGUUUACCUGCAACAAUGGCAGAUGCAUCAACAUCAACUGGCGAUGUGACAAUGACAAUGACUGCGGGGACAACAGCGAUGAGGCCGGUUGCAGCCACUCCUGCUCCAGCACUCAGUUCAAGUGUAACAGCGGGCGCUGCAUCCCCGAGCACUGGACCUGUGACGGCGACAACGACUGCGGGGACUAUAGUGACGAGACCCACGCCAACUGCACCAACCAGGCCACGAGGCCUCCUGGCGGCUGCCACAAUGAUGAGUUCCAGUGCCGGCUGGAUAGUCUGUGCAUCCCCCUACGGUGGCGCUGUGAUGGAGACACUGACUGCAUGGACUCCAGUGAUGAAAAGAGCUGUGAGGGAGUGACCCACGUCUGUGACCCCAACGUCAAGUUUGGCUGCAAGGACUCUGCUCGAUGCAUCAGCAAAGCAUGGGUAUGUGAUGGCGACAGUGACUGUGAGGAUAACUCAGAUGAGGAGAACUGCGAGUCCCUGGCCUGCAGGCCACCCUCACACCCCUGCGCCAACAACACCUCAGUCUGCCUGCCCCUCGACAAGCUGUGUGAUGGCAACGACGACUGUGGAGAUGGCUCGGAUGAGGGCGAGCUCUGCGACCAGUGCUCUCUAAAUAACGGAGGCUGCAGCCACAACUGCUCAGUGGCACCUGGCGAAGGCAUUGUGUGCUCAUGCCCGCUGGGCAUGGAGCUGGGGCCCGACAACCACACCUGCCAGAUCCAGAGCUACUGUGCCAAGCACCUCAAGUGUAGCCAGAAGUGCGACCAGAACAAGUUCAGCGUGAAGUGCUCCUGCUACGAGGGCUGGGUGCUGGAGCCAGACGGCGAGAGCUGCCGCAGCCUAGACCCCUUCAAGCCAUUCAUCAUCUUCUCCAACCGCCAUGAGAUCCGGCGCAUCGACCUUCACAAAGGAGACUACAGCGUUCUGGUGCCUGGCCUGCGCAACACCAUCGCCCUGGACUUCCACCUCAGUCAGAGCGCCCUCUACUGGACCGAUGUGGUGGAGGACAAGAUCUACCGCGGGAAGCUGCUGGACAACGGAGCCCUGACUAGCUUCGAGGUGGUGAUUCAGUAUGGCCUGGCCACCCCCGAGGGUCUGGCUGUAGACUGGAUUGCAGGUAACAUCUACUGGGUAGAGAGUAACCUGGACCAGAUUGAGGUGGCCAAGCUAGAUGGAACCCUUCGGACCACCCUCCUGGCUGGUGACAUUGAGCACCCGAGGGCAAUCGCGCUGGAUCCACGGGAUGGGAUCCUGUUUUGGACAGACUGGGAUGCCAGCCUGCCCCGCAUCGAGGCCGCCUCCAUGAGUGGGGCUGGGCGCCGCACCAUCCACCGGGAGACAGGCUCUGGGGGCUGGCCCAACGGGCUCACCGUGGACUACCUGGAGAAGCGUAUCCUCUGGAUCGAUGCCAGGUCAGACGCCAUUUACUCAGCCCGUUACGACGGCUCCGGCCACAUGGAGGUGCUUCGGGGACACGAGUUCUUAUCGCACCCGUUUGCAGUGACGCUGUAUGGGGGGGAGGUGUACUGGACGGACUGGCGGACAAACACGCUGGCCAAGGCCAACAAGUGGACCGGCCACAAUGUCACCGUGGUACAGAGGACCAAUACCCAGCCCUUUGAUCUGCAGGUGUACCACCCCUCCCGGCAGCCCAUGGCUCCCAAUCCUUGUGAGGCCAAUGGGGGCCGGGGCCCCUGCUCCCACCUGUGUCUCAUCAACUACAACCGGACCGUCUCCUGCGCCUGCCCCCACCUCAUGAAGCUCCACAGGGACAACACCACCUGCUAUGAGUUUAAGAAGUUCCUGCUGUACGCACGUCAGAUGGAGAUCCGGGGGGUGGACCUAGAUGCCCCCUACUACAACUACAUCAUCUCCUUCACGGUGCCUGAUAUUGACAAUGUCACGGUGCUGGACUAUGAUGCCCGCGAGCAGCGCGUCUACUGGUCCGACGUGAGGACACAGGCCAUCAAACGGGCCUUCAUCAACGGCACGGGCGUGGAGACUGUCGUCUCUGCAGACUUGCCAAAUGCCCACGGGCUGGCUGUGGACUGGGUGUCCCGAAACCUGUUCUGGACAAGCUACGACACUAACAAGAAGCAGAUCAAUGUGGCCCGGCUGGACGGCUCCUUCAAGAAUGCGGUGGUGCAGGGCCUGGAGCAGCCCCAUGGCCUGGUGGUCCACCCACUGCGUGGGAAGCUCUACUGGACCGACGGGGACAACAUCAGCAUGGCCAACAUGGACGGCAGCAACCGUACCCUGCUCUUCAGUGGCCAGAAGGGCCCUGUGGGCCUGGCUAUCGACUUCCCUGAAAGCAAACUCUACUGGAUCAGCUCUGGCAACCACACCAUCAGCCGCUGCAACCUGGACGGAAGUGGGCUGGAGGUCAUCGACACCAUGCGGAGCCAGCUGGGCAAGGCCACUGCCCUGGCCAUCAUGGGGGACAAGCUGUGGUGGGCAGAUCAGGUGUCAGAGAAGAUGGGCACGUGCAACAAGGCUGACGGCUCGGAGUCCGUGGUCCUGCGGAACAGCACCACCCUGGUGAUGCACAUGAAGGUCUACGACGAGAGCAUCCAGUUGGACCACGAGGGCACCAACGCCUGCAGCGUCAACAACGGUGACUGCUCCCAGCUCUGCCUGCCCACAUCCGAGUCGACCCGCUCCUGCAUGUGCACCGCCGGCUACAGCCUCCGGAGCGGCCAGCAAGCCUGCGAGGGUGUGGGUUCCUUUCUCCUGUACUCUGUGCAUGAGGGAAUCCGGGGAAUCCCCUUGGAUCCCAAUGACAAGUCAGAUGCCCUGGUCCCAGUGUCGGGGACGUCCCUGGCUGUCGGCAUUGAUUUCCAUGCUGAAAAUGACACCAUUUACUGGGUGGACAUGGGCCUAAGCACCAUUAGCCGGGCUAAGCGAGACCAGACAUGGCGCGAGGAUGUGGUGACCAAUGGCAUUGGCCGCGUGGAGGGCAUCGCCGUGGACUGGAUCGCAGGCAACAUCUACUGGACUGACCAGGGCUUUGAUGUCAUCGAGGUCGCCCGGCUCAAUGGUUCUUUCCGCUACGUGGUCAUCUCCCAGGGUCUGGAUAAGCCCCGGGCCAUCACUGUCCACCCAGAGAAGGGGUAUCUGUUCUGGACUGAGUGGGGCCAGUAUCCACGUAUUGAGCGGUCUCGGCUAGAUGGUACUGAGCGAGUCGUGCUGGUUAAUGUCAGCAUCAGCUGGCCCAAUGGCAUCUCGGUGGACUACCAGGAUGGGAAGCUAUACUGGUGUGACGCUCGGACAGACAAGAUUGAGCGGAUUGACCUGGAGACGGGCGAGAACCGUGAGGUGGUUCUGUCCAGCAAUAACAUGGACAUGUUCUCCGUGUCUGUGUUUGAGGACUUCAUCUACUGGAGUGACAGGACUCAUGCCAAUGGCUCCAUCAAACGUGGGAGUAAGGACAAUGCUACAGAGUCUGUGCCGCUGAGAACGGGCAUCGGUGUCCAGCUCAAAGACAUCAAAGUCUUCAACCGGGACCGCCAGAAAGGCACCAACGUGUGCGCGGUGGCUAAUGGUGGGUGCCAGCAGCUGUGCCUGUACCGGGGCGGUGGGCAGCGGGCCUGUGCCUGUGCCCACGGGAUGCUGGCUGAAGACGGGGCAUCGUGCCGCGAGUACGCCGGCUACCUGCUUUACUCAGAGCGCACCAUCCUCAAGAGCAUCCACCUGUCUGACGAGCGCAACCUCAACGCGCCCGUGCAGCCCUUCGAGGAUCCUGAGCACAUGAAGAAUGUCAUCGCUCUGGCCUUCGACUACCGAGCAGGCACCUCCCCGGGCACCCCCAACCGCAUCUUCUUCAGCGACAUCCACUUCGGGAACAUCCAGCAGAUCAAUGACGAUGGCUCGGAGAGGACCACCAUUGUGGAAAAUGUGGGCUCUGUGGAAGGCCUGGCCUAUCACCGUGGCUGGGACACCCUCUACUGGACAAGCUACACAACAUCCACCAUCACCCGCCACACAGUCGACCAGACCCGCCCAGGGGCCUUCGAGCGUGAGACGGUCAUUACCAUGUCAGGAGACGACCACCCACGGGCCUUUGUGCUGGAUGAGUGCCAGAACCUGAUGUUCUGGACCAACUGGAACGAGCAGCACCCCAGCAUCAUGCGGGCAGCCCUGUCGGGAGCCAAUGUCCUGACUCUCAUCGAGAAGGACAUCCGCACCCCCAACGGCCUGGCCAUCGACCACCGUGCCGAGAAGCUCUACUUCUCCGAUGCCACCCUGGACAAGAUCGAGCGGUGCGAGUAUGACGGCUCUCACCGCUAUGUGAUCCUGAAGUCGGAGCCAGUCCACCCCUUCGGGCUGGCUGUGUACGGGGAGCACAUCUUCUGGACCGACUGGGUGCGGCGAGCCGUGCAGCGGGCCAACAAGUACGUGGGCAGCGACAUGAAGCUGCUGCGCGUGGACAUCCCCCAGCAGCCCAUGGGCAUCAUCGCCGUGGCCAAUGACACCAACAGCUGCGAGCUCUCCCCUUGCCGUGUCAACAAUGGGGGCUGCCAGGACCUGUGUCUGCUGACUCACCAAGGCCAUGUCAACUGCUCUUGCCGAGGGGGCCGCAUCCUCCAAGAGGACCUCACCUGCCGCGCUGUGAACUCCUCCUGCCGGGCACAAGAUGAGUUCGAGUGUGCCAACGGCGAAUGCAUCAACUUCAGCCUGACUUGUGAUGGUGUCUCCCACUGCAAGGACAAGUCUGACGAGAAGCCAUCCUACUGUAACUCGCGCCGCUGCAAGAAGACCUUCCGCCAAUGCAACAACGGACGCUGUGUGUCCAACAUGCUCUGGUGCAAUGGGGCGGAUGACUGCGGGGACGGCUCGGACGAGAUUCCCUGCAACAAGACGGCCUGCGGCGUGGGCGAGUUCCGCUGCCGGGACGGCACCUGCAUUGGUAACUCCAGCCGCUGCAACCAGUUUGUGGACUGCGAGGACGCCUCUGACGAGAUGAACUGCAGCGCCACCGACUGCAGCAGCUACUUCCGCCUGGGGGUGAAAGGAGUGCGCUUCCAGCCCUGUGAGCGGACCUCCCUCUGCUACGCCCCCAGCUGGGUGUGUGACGGUGCCAACGACUGCGGGGACUACAGCGACGAGCGCGACUGCCCAGGAGUGAAGCGCCCCAGAUGCCCCCUGAAUUACUUCGCCUGCCCCAGCGGGCGCUGCAUCCCCAUGAGCUGGACGUGUGACAAGGAGGACGACUGUGAACACGGCGAGGAUGAGACCCACUGCAACAAGUUCUGCUCGGAGGCCCAGUUUGAGUGCCAGAACCAUCGCUGCAUCUCCAAGCAGUGGCUGUGUGACGGCAGUGACGACUGCGGGGACGGCUCAGACGAGGCGGCUCACUGUGAAGGCAAGACAUGUGGCCCCUCCUCCUUCUCCUGCCCCGGCACCCACGUGUGUGUCCCCGAGCGCUGGCUCUGUGACGGUGACAAGGACUGUGCGGACGGUGCUGAUGAGAGCAUCACAGCUGGCUGCUUGUACAACAGCACGUGCGACGACCGCGAAUUCAUGUGCCAGAAUCGCCAGUGCAUCCCCAAGCACUUCGUGUGCGACCACGACCGGGACUGCGCGGACGGCUCCGACGAGUCCCCCGAGUGUGGUGAGGGUGCUGGGCCCCCGGCGGGCGGGCCGGCCUGCAGGGGGGAUGGGGGGGCCGAGUGGGGGUGGCAGCAGGGGUGUCCUCCAGCCUCAUCCCCUCACCCCGCCCCCCCCCCCCCAGAGCACCCGACCAACGGCUCCUCGCAGUUCCUGUGCAGCAGUGGGCGCUGUGUGGCCGAGGCUCUGCUCUGCAACGGGCAGGACGACUGCGGGGACGGCUCAGACGAGCGCGGCUGCCACGUCAACGAGUGUCUCAGCCGCAAGCUCAGUGGCUGCAGCCAGGACUGCGAGGACCUCAAGAUUGGCUUCAAGUGCCGCUGCCGCCCCGGCUUCCGCCUGAAGGACGACGGCCGGACGUGUGCUGACGUGGACGAGUGCAGCUCCACGUUCCCCUGCAGUCAGCGCUGCAUCAACACGCACGGCAGCUACAAGUGUCUGUGCGUGGAGGGCUACGCCCCCCGCGGUGGCGACCCCCACAGCUGCAAAGCCGUGACUGAUGAGGAGCCGUUCCUGAUCUUUGCCAACCGGUACUAUCUGCGCAAGCUCAACCUGGAUGGCUCCAACUACACGCUGCUUAAGCAGGGCCUGAACAACGCUGUCGCCUUGGACUUUGACUACCGAGAGCAGAUGAUUUACUGGACGGACGUGACGACCCAGGGCAGCAUGAUCCGAAGAAUGCACCUUAACGGGAGCAACGUGCAGGUGCUGCAUCGGACAGGCCUCAGCAACCCGGACGGACUGGCUGUGGACUGGGUGGGCGGCAACCUGUACUGGUGUGACAAAGGCCGGGACACCAUCGAGGUGUCCAAGCUCAACGGGGCCUACCGUACAGUGCUGGUCAGCUCUGGCCUCCGUGAGCCCAGGGCUCUGGUGGUGGACGUCCAGAACGGGUACCUAUACUGGACAGACUGGGGUGACCACUCACUGAUCGGCCGGAUAGGCAUGGAUGGGUCUGGCCGCAGUGUCAUCGUGGACACCAAGAUCACAUGGCCCAACGGCCUGACACUGGACUACGUCACCGAGCGCAUCUACUGGGCUGAUGCCCGUGAGGACUACAUUGAGUUUGCCAGCCUGGACGGCUCUAAUCGCCAUGUCGUGCUGAGCCAGGACAUCCCACACAUCUUUGCACUGACCCUGUUUGAGGACUACGUCUACUGGACCGACUGGGAGACCAAGUCCAUCAACCGAGCCCACAAGACCACAGGCACCAACAAGACACUCCUCAUCAGCACCCUGCACCGGCCCAUGGACCUGCAUGUCUUCCACGCCUUGCGCCAGCCAGAUGUGCCCAAUCACCCCUGCAAGGUCAACAAUGGUGGCUGCAGCAACCUGUGCCUCCUGUCCCCCGGGGGGGGCCACAAAUGUGCCUGUCCCACCAACUUCUACCUGGGCAGCGAUGGGCGCACCUGUGUGUCCAACUGCACAGCAAGCCAGUUUGUGUGCAAGAACGACAAGUGCAUCCCCUUCUGGUGGAAGUGUGACACAGAGGACGACUGUGGAGACCACUCAGACGAGCCCCCGGACUGUCCCGAGUUCAAGUGCCGCCCGGGACAGUUCCAGUGUUCAACGGGCAUCUGCACCAACCCUGCCUUCAUCUGUGAUGGGGACAAUGACUGCCAGGACAACAGUGACGAGGCCAACUGCGAUAUCCAUGUCUGCUUGCCCAGUCAGUUCAAGUGCACCAACACCAACCGCUGUAUCCCCGGCAUCUUCCGCUGCAACGGGCAAGACAACUGUGGGGACGGGGAGGACGAGAGGGACUGCCCCGAAGUGACCUGUGCCCCCAACCAGUUCCAGUGCUCCAUCACCAAGCGCUGUAUCCCCCGAGUCUGGGUCUGUGACCGGGACAACGACUGUGUGGAUGGCAGCGACGAGCCCGCCAACUGCACCCAGAUGACCUGCGGGGUGGAUGAGUUCCGCUGCAAGGACUCGGGCCGCUGUAUCCCGGCGCGCUGGAAGUGUGACGGAGAGGACGACUGCGGGGACGGCUCCGACGAGCCCAAGGAAGAGUGUGACGAGCGGACCUGCGAGCCCUACCAGUUCCGCUGCAAGAACAACCGUUGUGUGCCCGGUCGCUGGCAGUGCGAUUAUGACAACGACUGUGGGGACAACUCAGACGAGGAGAGCUGCACCCCUCGGCCCUGCUCCGAGAGUGAGUUCUCCUGUGCCAACGGCCGCUGCAUUGCCGGGCGCUGGAAAUGCGAUGGGGACCAUGACUGCGCAGAUGGCUCCGACGAGAAAGACUGCACUCCCCGUUGUGACAUGGACCAGUUCCAGUGCAAGAGCGGCCACUGCAUUCCCCUGCGCUGGCGCUGUGAUGCGGAUGCCGACUGCAUGGACGGCAGCGACGAGGAAGCCUGCGGCACUGGCGUGCGGACUUGCCCCCUGGACGAGUUCCAGUGCAACAACACUCUGUGCAAGCCGCUGGCAUGGAAGUGCGACGGCGAGGACGACUGCGGGGACAACUCCGACGAAAACCCGGAGGAGUGCGCCCGGUUCGUGUGCCCUCCUAACCGGCCCUUCCGUUGCAAGAACGACCGCGUCUGCCUGUGGAUCGGGCGCCAGUGCGACGGCACCGACAACUGUGGGGAUGGGACUGACGAGGAGGACUGUGAGCCCCCCACGGCCCAGACCCCCCACUGCAAAGACAAGAAGGAGUUUCUGUGCCGGAACCAGCGCUGCCUGUCCUCCUCGCUGCGCUGCAACAUGCUGGACGACUGCGGGGACGGCUCGGACGAGGAGGACUGCAGCAUCGACCCCAAGCUGACCAGCUGCGCCACCAACGCCAGCAUCUGUGGGGAUGAGGCCCGCUGCGUGCGCACCGAGAAAGCCGCCUACUGCGCCUGCCGCUCGGGCUUCCACACCGUGCCAGGCCAGCCCGGAUGCCAGGACAUCAACGAGUGCCUGCGCUUCGGCACCUGCUCGCAGCUCUGCAACAACACCAAGGGUGGCCACCUCUGCAGCUGCGCGCGCAACUUCAUGAAGACGCACAACACCUGCAAGGCCGAGGGCUCUGAGUAUCAGGUCCUCUACAUCGCCGACGACAAUGAGAUCCGCAGCCUGUUCCCCAGUCACCCCCAUUCGGCUUAUGAGCAGGCCUUCCAGGGCGACGAGAGUGUCCGCAUCGAUGCCAUGGAUGUCCAUGUCAAAGCCGGCCGUGUCUAUUGGACCAACUGGCACACGGGCACCAUCUCCUACCGCAGCCUGCCACCUGCCGCGCCUCCCACCACUUCCAACCGCCACCGGCGACAGAUUGACCGGGGUGUCACCCACCUCAAUAUUUCAGGGCUCAAGAUGCCAAGGGGUAUCGCCAUUGACUGGGUGGCUGGGAACGUGUACUGGACGGAUUCGGGCCGAGAUGUGAUUGAGGUUGCACAAAUGAAGGGCGAGAACCGCAAGACUCUCAUCUCGGGCAUGAUCGACGAGCCGCACGCCAUUGUGGUGGACCCGCUGAGGGGCACCAUGUACUGGUCUGACUGGGGGAAUCACCCCAAAAUUGAAACAGCAGCAAUGGAUGGGACCCUUCGGGAGACACUGGUACAGGACAACAUCCAAUGGCCCACAGGCCUGGCUGUGGAUUAUCACAAUGAACGGCUGUACUGGGCAGAUGCCAAGCUCUCAGUCAUCGGCAGCAUCCGGCUCAAUGGCACGGACCCCAUCGUGGCUGCUGAUAGCAAACGAGGCCUGAGUCACCCCUUCAGCAUCGAUGUCUUUGAGGAUUACAUCUAUGGCGUCACCUACAUUAACAAUCGUGUCUUCAAGAUCCAUAAGUUUGGACAUAGCCCCUUGAUCAACCUGACGGGGGGCCUGAGCCACGCCUCUGAUGUGGUCCUGUACCACCAACACAAGCAGCCUGAAGUGACCAACCCCUGUGACCGCAAGAAGUGUGAGUGGCUCUGCCUGCUGAGCCCCAGUGGGCCUGUCUGCACCUGUCCCAACGGGAAGCGGCUGGACAAUGGCACCUGUGUGGCCGUGCCCUCGCCAACACCCCCACCAGAUGCUCCUCGACCCGGAACCUGUAACCUGCAGUGCUUCAAUGGCGGCAGCUGCUUCCUCAAUGCGCGGAGGCAGCCCAAGUGCCGCUGCCAGCCCCGUUACACGGGCGACAAGUGUGAGCUGGACCAGUGCUGGGAGUACUGUCGCAACGGAGGCACAUGCGCUGCCUCCCCCUCCGGCAUGCCCACGUGCCGGUGCCCCACGGGCUUCACGGGCCCCAAAUGCACCCAGCAGGUGUGUGCGGGCUACUGUGCCAACAACAGCACCUGCACCGUCAACCAGGGCAACCAGCCCCAGUGCCGAUGUCUACCUGGCUUCCUGGGGGACCGCUGCCAGUACCGGCAGUGCUCUGGCUACUGUGAGAACCUGGGCACGUGCCAGAUGGCCGCCGACGGCUCCCGGCAGUGCCGCUGCACUGCCUACUUCGAGGGACCAAGGUGUGACGUAAACAAGUGCAGCCGCUGUCUCGACGGAGCCUGCGUGGUCAACAAGCAGAGUGGGGACGUCACCUGCAACUGCUCCGAUGGCCGGGUGGCCCCCAGCUGUCUGACCUGCGUCGGCCACUGCAGCAACGGCGGCUCCUGCACCAUGAACAGCAAAAUGAUGCCCGAGUGCCAGUGCCCACCCCACAUGGCAGGACCCCGGUGUGAGGAGCAGGUGGUCAGCCAACAGCAGCCCGGACAUAUGGCCUCCAUCCUAAUCCCUCUGCUGUUGCUGCUGCUGAUGCUUCUGGUAGCGGGAGUGGUCUUCUGGUACAAGCGGCGAGUCCGAGGGGCUAAGGGCUUCCAGCACCAGCGGAUGACCAACGGGGCCAUGAAUGUGGAGAUUGGGAACCCCACCUAUAAGAUGUAUGAAGGCGGGGAGCCUGAUGAUGUAGGGGGCCUACUGGAUGCCGACUUUGCCCUGGACCCUGACAAGCCCACCAACUUCACCAACCCCGUGUACGCCACACUCUACAUGGGUGGUCACGGCAGCCGCCACUCCCUGGCCAGCACGGACGAGAAGCGAGAACUCCUGGGCCGGGGCCCUGAGGACGAGAUAGGGGACCCGUUGGCAUAGGGCCCUGAUCACUGGACUCACCCCAGAGAGCCUCCUGCCCCCUGCCAGAGAAGUCCUUCGAUGAGCCCCCUCCUGCCCAGCCAGCCCUUCCCCGGCCCUGCCGGGGUGUAUAAAUGUAAAAAUGAAGGAAUUACUUUUUAUAUGUGAGUGAGCAAGUGAGCAAGCGAGCACAGUAUUAUCUCUUUCCGUUCUCCUCCUUCCUGCCUGCUCCUCAGCACCCCCCCCAUGCUGCCUUCAGGGAGAGGGGCAGGGAGGGCUCUGGGGGCUCCUGCGGCUCACAGGUACCUGCCUCCCACCUUCCACCAAAAUGCGCCCCCACUGGGAGAGCUGGUGGUGCUGCCUCCCCUCCCUGUACGAGUCACUUUGUCAAGGCUCUCCCCUCCCUCACCCCACCCCCACUCUCGUCCCCCCCACCCCCCACCAGCUCCCUGAGGGCUCCUUCUGGGGAGGGAGAGUCCUUUGCUGCCCCUGUCGGGAAGACUUGGCUCUGGCUAAGGGAGCAAGGAAAGGAUGGAAUUUUUUAGUUCUUCCUUGGGGGCGGGGGGUGGGUGUUCCAUGCACCAGCCCCCACUCUGGGGCACCUCUGAGAUGGCCAUGCUCAAUACCCCUCCCAGACAGGCCCUCCCCCUCUCCAGUGCCCCCACCGUGGCUCCCAGGGCUGGAGACUUUCUUUGGUAAAUGGUCCCCCCGGCCUCCCCCACCCUCCCCUUGGGACGAGGAGAAGGUGGGGCACACCCAGAAAGGGCAAGCGGGCAGCCCCGCUUUGGGGACAUGAACGUUUUAAUAAUUUUUGCUGAACUCCUUUACAACUAAAUAACACAGAUAUUGUUAUAAAUAAAAUUGUAAAAAAAAGAAAAAAAAA